UAUUUAAUUACAAAAGAACAAAUAUUGACAUUACCUAACAACAAGUCAUAUUAUAUGUUAUAUGCUUCUUCACAAUUCAUUAUUAAAUAUUAAUCAAUGGCUUCUAUGCAAAUCCUUUGGUCAUGUAAUCAAGUCAAUCACAAGGGUAAUUCUAAACACCCUUAUAUGAAAUCAACCAAGAUCAUUACUAGAAAAAGGUAUAAUCUAAUUAGAUUUGAAGGUGGAGUGGUUCAAAAUUUUGAUCAAGAAAAGAGGAAAUUGAGAGUACUAAUAGCUGGUGGUGGAAUUGGUGGACUUGUUUUGGCUUUGGCUGCAAAGCAUAGAGGUUAUGAAGUGAAAGUAUUUGAAAAGGAUUUGAGUGCUAUUAGAGGUGAAGGUAGACAUCGUGGUCCAAUUCAACUCAUGAGUAGUGCUCUUUCUGUUUUGGAAGCUAUUGAUGAGAGUGUUGUGAAGAAGAUCAUGGAGGUAGGUUGUGUCACUGGAAAUAGGAUUAAUGGUCUUGCUGAUGGUGUUUCUGGAGAGUGGUUCACUGAGUUAGAUCUUUUAACUCCUGCUUCAAGGAAAGGACUUCCUCUUACUCUAGUCAUAUGUAGAAUGACACUACAAGAUAUAUUAGUCAAUGCAAUUGGUUCUAAUAUACUUAAAAACAAAUCUAAAGUUGUGGAUUUUAUUCAGGAACCAAGCAAGGUUAGAGUGGUCCUUGAGAAUGGACAGCACUAUGAUGGUGAUAUUUUAGUAGGGGCUGAUGGAAUAUGGUCAGAAGUUCGUUCAAAACUCUUUGGCUGGCAAGAAGCCAAGUACUCAGGUGUCACAUGUUAUAGUGGAUUAACGAACUAUGUGCCCCCAUAUAUCAAUACUAUUGGGUAUAGAGUGUUCUUGGGCUUGAACCAGUACUUUGUUGCUUCAGAUGUUGGUUACGGGAAGAUGCAAUGGUAUGCUUUUCACGGGGAACCCCCUUCACGCGGCCAUUUCCCAGAAGAUUUGUAUAAGUUUUCUGCAGGUAAGAAGAAAAAACUUAUGGAUCUAUUUGGAAACUGGUGCAAUGAAGUGAAAACACUCAUAUCAGAAACACCAGAGAAUAUGAUUCUGCAGAGGGAUAUAUAUGAUAGAGACAUUAUCAACACUUGGGGAAUUGGGAGAGUUACUUUAUUAGGAGAUGCAGCACAUCCAAUGCAACCAAAUCUUGGUCUAGGGGGAUGUAUGGCAAUUGAGGACUGUUACCAAUUAAUACUUGAACUAGACAAGGUUGGAAGUGGUUUUGAGGAGUCUCAAGUUACCUCAGCCUUAAGAAGAUACGAGAAGAAAAGAAUCCCAAGGGUUAGGGUGUUACAUACAGCUAGCAGGAUGGCAUCAAAAAUGCUAGUCAACUAUAGACCUUACAUUCAAUUUCAACUUUGGCCUCAUUCACUAACAGAUAUGCAAAUAAAGCACCCUGGUGUUCAUGUAGCUAGAGCUCUUUUGAAGUUCACUCUUCCACAAUUUGUUAAUUGGAUGAUUUCUGGCCAUGGGUUGUGGUGAACAUAUAUACGUAACACCUUGAAAAUAAAAGGCUUACCAAUUUUAAUAUUACGUUAUUCUUGUUAGAAUAAAAUUUUUUUUAAUUUGGGAAUAUGGUGUUUUUCUCUUUCUAGGGUUAUCAGGCCAACCUGAAAUGCAUGAACUUGUGAAUUUUCUUUAAUUUUUACAAGUCUUGAAAGAUAAUGUGAAUUUUCAUUCACCUUUUACAAGUUUAUAUCUCACCAUUAGAUUUAG